GGGACCCUUUUGGUGGAUUCAUUUUAUUCAAUACCCUUACUCUAGGUUUCAGAGAAUUCCAUGGAGUCUUUCCUAUAAAAAAGGCAAACCCCUUGAAUCCAUCGACGCCGAUGAGGCGCGAUGGGAAACACACCACACCUAUGUGAAGGCCACGGAAACAUGCAACACAGCUCUUGGAUAACGAAAACCAAACCAAACCAAACACAAAAAGGAGGGAGUAUUAUUUUGUAUUCUGUGCACGUUGGGUAGGGGGGGGUCCUACGCUAACGGCGAGCAUCUGCCCUAUGAGAUCAUGUAAUGAAAAAAUAAUCCAACGGAAAAU